AAGCCAGUGUUGAAAAAAAGCAGUACUGGUCGUCCUACAGUCACUCCCAUCACAUCUGAUGAUGAUGACGCUGCGGAAGCAGGUCCAUCCAAAGAAGUCUUAAGCAGCAGAAGGUGCACUUCUGGAACACACCACAAAAAACAUCUGCCAGCAAAGAAAGCAAGGUCUGAUGUCCAGGGCCAACCACAGCAGGCUACCCCGCCACGAAGAUUAUCUACUGUUUGUUCGGUGCCCCCACUCCAAAUUUUGGACACACCUCCAAGACGACAACCACACUCCCCUCAUCUUGAUUCUUCUAGUCCUGGUACCAGCAUCCCUCCGCAACAACAGCAACACAGUGACAUGGAUGACACAAUCAUGUUAGAAAUGCAUCCAGUAAGCGAAGGAAUCAGCCCCCCAGCACCUGUGAGUACUCCCCCACAGCAAAGCACACCACCACCCCAACACAGCCCAACAACACCAGUAACACAAGGCCCUGAUCAAGUGUUCUGGACCAUUUGGGCUAGACAGCAGGCCACUAAUGAAGAUUGCCUGCGUAGGCAGACCCAAAUGUUUGCAAGCCUACCACCUCACCUCAGACGAAUCAGCAGAAAUCUGAGUAGACAAAAUGAAACAAACACAAGAAUUGCAAAUACCAUGGAAAUCAUACGUGCAGACAUUACACAUGUCAUGGGCAACUUACAGCGCAUAAUGGAAGAACAGCACAGACAACAGCAAAGCUAUAUAAACAUUUUAGAAAGCAAUCAAAUGAUCAAUGAAUCCAUGUCCAGAAUUGUAGACAAUCAAAAUGCUGCAACACGUGAACUCAAUGCCACCCUCACUAACCUCAAUGAAACACUCAGAUCCCUGCAGCAACAGCAUACAAGCAGCAGUUCUGGUACGACUACUCCAAAUGUAACGCCAGUGUCAUCACCACCAAGGCGAUCCACCAGAGCACGCCAACACGACAGUGGUAAAGGCAAAGGCCAGGAAAAGCAACCACCCAAAUAAACAUUAAAAAAACACACCCAUUUCUUUAAAGAGAAGAGAAAAAAACCACUUACCAAGUGUAUGAUUAACAGAAUAUAUAUAACACUUAGCUCCUUGACAAUUUGUACAACAUCAUUAAUUAUAACUGGUACAAACAACAAAAGGAAUUUUGUACGCACAUUUCUUCUUUAUCAUCUUUGUAUUUUUUGUUAGCAGAAAACUGUUGUUUGAGCUGCACAUAGAUGUUAGCAUGCAGAAAGCAGACCACUUGAUUUUUUUUCUAAUAAUUACUCUUUCUAGAUUCUAAUAAUUCUUUGAGCCAGUAGACAGACUAAUUGGCAGCCAGGCAGAUUGUCUUAAGCAGGCAGAAAGCAGACCACUUGAUUUUUUUCUAAUCAUUACUCUUUCUAGAUUCUAAUCAUUCUUUGAGCCAGCAGACAGACUAAUUGGCAGCCAGGCAGAUUCAUCCAUGACCAAUACAAUUUACAAUGUGAAUUGUAACUGUUUUACAUUUCUUCUCUAGAUAAAUUGACAAGAAAAACACAAUUGAGUUGGCUAAAAGUGUCCUAAUAUGUUGGGGGUAAUAUUUAGAUAAUUCAGUCCGAAAAUGACUGACAUUAUUGUUGUGCCAUGUUUGUGUGUGUUAAAAAUAAGUAAUCAGAUUUAAAAACAUGAUGCAGAAACAACAACAUUUGAAAUAUUUGAAAGUUGAACACAAAUGUGUGUAAUAAUGGAUAUAUGUUGUUAAAUGUGUAUUGCCUUACAAAUCUACAAGUUUUGGCCAGCAAACAUAAGGAAAUAAAUUAUUUUG